GGCCCCAGGCCCCCAGCUCUACCUCAUGCGUGGGGGACAUUGCUAGCCAUGGCCCUCCUCCUCGGCUUCCUGCUGCUGCUGGAGCUGUGCUGGGACACCUCUGCCCUGGGGCCACUGUCUUCCACAAAGGGUUCCGAUGGUUUGGAAUUUGAAUUGCCUGCCACCAACUAUGAGACCAAAGACUCUAACCAAGCCGGGCCCAUCAGUGUUCUCUUUCAAAUCGUGCAAGUGUUCCUCCAAGUGGUGCAGCCCCAUCCUUUCCCCGAAGAUAUUUUAAGAAAAAUUCUACAAAAGAAGUUUGACUUCUCAACUGAUUAUGAUAAGAUUAUCUACUAUGAAAUCGGGAUUAUUAUUUGUGCUGUCCUGGGGCUGCUCUUUGUGAUUCUGAUGCCGCUGGUGGGAUUUUGCUUUGGUCUGUGUCGUUGCUGUAACAAAUGUGGUGGAGAAAUGCAUCAGCGACAGAAGAAAAAUGGGGCCUUCCUGAGGAAAUACUUUACAGUCUCCCUCCUGGUGAUUUGUAUAUUCAUAAGUGUGGGUAUCAUCUAUGGUUUUGUGGCAAACCACCACCUGAGGACCCGGAUCGAGAAGACUCGGAAACUAGCAGAGAGCAACUUAAAAGACUUAAGAACCCUCCUGAUCGGAACUCCAGCGCAAAUCAACUAUGUGCUGAGCCAGUACGCAAGCACUAAAGAAAAGGCAUUCUCAGACCUGGAUAAUAUUAAGUCAUUGCUAGGAGGCGGAAUUCAUGACCAGCUGAGACCCAAAGUGAUCCCCGUGCUUGAUGACAUCAAGGCCAUGGCUGAAGCAAUCAAAGAGACCAGAGAAGCCCUGUUGAACGUGAACAACACCUUAAAGGAGCUGAAGAUGUCAACUGCACAACUGAACACCAGCCUCAGUGAUGUUAAAAGGAAUCUGGAGCAAUCACUCAAUGAUCCCAUGUGCUCUGUCCCUCCAGUGGCUACAACUUGCAACAACAUCAGAAUGUCUCUAGGCCAACUGGAUGACAAUACCAACCUGGGUCAGCUCCCAUCUUUGGAUAAGCAAAUUGAUAAUAUUAAUAAUGUUCUUCAAACAGAUUUGUCCAGCCUGGUCCAAAAGGGCUAUAAAUCCUUUAAUGAUAUUCCUGAGAUGGUGCAAAAUCAAACCACAGACAUCGUAUCAGAUGUCAAAAGGACCUUGAAUUCCCUUGGCUCAGAUAUUGAAAAUAUGAGCGAACAGAUUCCUAUUCAGGAUAAGCUGUCAGAUUUCAUAGGUUAUAUUAAUGACACUGAAACUUACAUUCACCGCAAUUUGCCCACGUUGGAAGAGUAUGAUUCGUACAGGUGGCUGGGUGGCCUGAUUGUCUGCUGUUUGCUGACCCUCAUAGUCGUCUUUUAUUACCUGGGCUUGAUGUGUGGCACAUUUGGCUAUGACCGGCAUGCCACCCCGACCAGACGAGGCUGCGUCUCAAACACCGGGGGCAUCUUUCUCAUGGUCGGAGUUGGAAUCAGUUUCCUCUUUUGUUGGAUACUGAUGACCAUUGUGGUGCUCACGUUUGUCAUCGGUGGAAACAUGGAAAAACUGGUCUGUGAGCCUUACCAGAACAGGAAACUAUUCCAGAUUUUGGACACCCCAUAUUUACUAAAUGAGAAUUGGAAAUACUAUCUCUCUGGCAUGGUGUUGGACAAACCGGAUAUUAAUCUCACUUUUGAACAAGUUUACAGUGACUGCAAAGAAAAUAAGGGCAUCUAUAGCACACUUAAGCUAGAGAACACCUACAACAUCAGUGAGCAUCUCAACAUUCAGGAGCAUGCUAGAAACCUCAGCAAUGAUUUUAAAAACAUGAAUGUAAAUAUUGACAAUAUUGUUCUGCUGGACGCAGCAGGAAGGAAAAACCUGAUGGAUUUCAGCUCUUCGGGAGUAGACACCAUAGACUAUAAUGUCUACUUGGCAGAGAUGGGUAAAACUCCCACCAAAGUGAAUCUUUUAUCCUUUGCAGAUGAUCUGGACACAAAAGCCAACAAUCUGCCCCAAGGAAGUUUGAAACAGUCCCUCAAAAAUAAUGCGCAAAAUCUUAAAACGAUUCACCAUGGCCAAGUCAUGCCUUUGGAACAGUCAAUGAGCACUAUCAACCAAAGUAUCAAGGAACUUCAACACAAAAGCAGCGGAUUGAGGGUGAAAGUGGCCAAUAUCCUUUCCUCUCUGGAUUCUGCUCAGGACUUCCUCCAAACUCGCAUCUCCUCAGUUAUUGUCAAAGAAAGUAGCAAGUAUGGGAACAUGAUAAUAGGAUACUUUGAACACUACCUGCAAUGGGUCAAGAUCUCAAUUACUGAGCAAAUUGCAGCCUGCAAACCCGUGGCCACUGCUUUAGACUCCGCUGUUGACGUCUUCCUGUGUAGCUACAUUAUCGACCCUAUGAAUUUGUUUUGGUUUGGCAUAGGAAAGGCGACCAUAUUUUUACUUCCAGCCAUCAUUUUCGCUGUGAAGCUGGCUAAGUACUACCGUCGAAUGGACUCAGAGGAUGUGUAUGAUGAUAUGGAAAAUGGUAAUAUUGGUUUUCAUAGACAUCAUUCCACUCAGACUGUAUGAACAAAGGUUUUAAA